UCGUGGAAGACAUGGGAACAGGUUAGGGACACCACGUUUCGAGUUCGAACCACGGGAGACGAGAGGGUCGAGACAGAUAGAGCAGCACGGCUCUGUUUCCAUCUUCAAGCCCUUGGUUUCCUCUCUAUGUCCGACACUCCCUAAUAGAACCAACCUCAACAAGGAAGCCCUCAACGAUAGGAGGAUGAUCAGACCUAACCACGACGUAAACAACUUUGUAGUCGAUUUCCAUGACAAAACCGUUGCGUCCAAAACCUAAUGAGAUGGCAGCCGCUGAGAUCUGUUUGGCUAAAUAUGCUAAUACGUGAGGACGGUUAGUAUCUUGAAUCGCUUGUUCCCUGAGAAGUUGUCGGAAGAUGUCAUGGGGACUUGAACUAAGGAGACUGAUGUUGAUGAGAGCGGGUGGAUAAACCGGAGUGGACCGGCCGGUAAAGAUUCGAUGACCGGUGGUUGGGUUUUCAAGGAAAUCAUAAGAUUUGGUGUCGAUGGUGAUUGUGAGUGAGUUUUCGUAUCCUUCUGAUGGAGAAAGUGGUCUCGACUGUGUCACGCGAAAAUUCACUUGUGCAAGAUUCAUGUUUGAAAACGCAACAAAUUCAAAUGAGAGACUGAUGAAAAUAGCAAAAUUGACUGUGAGAGAAGAAAGAGUAGCAGUUAAGAGAAUGAGAUUGUGAAGUGUAGGGUUUAUGUUAAUGAGAAAUAUAUAAGCGCGUCAUUGCAUUUGUUUUUUUUUUUUAAUUUUGUUGCAAAGUUUCCUUUUUACUGUUUGUUUUCUGGUUUGUUACAUAAAGAACUCUCUUUUUUUUUUUCUUUUUCUUUUAAAGAACGAAUUUCAUUUUUUUUAUGUUUAGGUGUUUGGGUCGGCGACAUUAAUUUUAGGUGGAAGGGAAUAAUUUUAAAUUUACUUUUAUUUUUGAGAUUCAAAAUUCUGAGGUUUACAAAAUGGGCCUUUUGUCUUGGCCCAUCGGCUUUUGAAAAGAUAUAAAUUCAAAUCAAGGGAACUAAAUGAAAUCACAACAAAAUUAGCCGUUUGAAAGAGGAUCUUCGGUUCGAUUUGUGUUCUCCUUCUUCCUCCUCUAUCUCUUCUGCGAAAGAUUGCCCAUGGCCCGAGGAGGAUGCAGACUCCGAUUACUGUAUGAAAUCAGGUACAGUCUUCUACUUCUUUCUCACUGACUGUUACCUACGCGGAUAUGAUUAAAUUAUUUUGUUCAUCAAUUGUUGUUUCCGUAAGUUUUUGUUUUUUUGUUUUUUUUUGGGUUUGUACGUAAGAGCCUACAGUGUUGAUCACGAAACCUUCGCUUCGUUUUGUGGCUUCUUAUUUUGAAUCCAUUUAUUGUUUUUCGAUCUGUCUUUUGUCUUAAGUUUUCAGAACAUAAUCGCAAUUUUGUCGAUCGUUUCUUCAAUCAAAUAUAUAAACAGAAGCAAGAUAUGAAUCCAUGGAUCAUGCUUCUUCUUGUUUUUUCCCCAUCAAUUGCUGUUUUUGUUUUUCUUUUUUUUCUUUUUUUUUUGUAGGAAGGAAGAUACAGAGUUUGAUCACAAGCGAAGCUUAUAGUAAUCAUUCACGGAACUAUUGAGUAAUCAAGCCCAGGUAUGUUAUUUUGCUUCUAUAGUUUGAUCUUCAAACAAGUUCACGAAUACUUUUUGUUAGACGUGUUUGCAUUUAUAGUUUGAUCUUUGACGCAUAACUUGUGACUAUUACGAACUAGCUUCUUCUUAGCUUUCGCAUAACUAGUUGCGAUGGUAGCAUUUUCAUCACUUAACCAUUCAUGAAAGACACUGUGUUGUACUUGCAUCGUUUUCUCUUUACUGACCAUAUAUUCUUUUGAUUAAUCUAACAUGUCAAAGUGGAAAACUAGCAGAUCAGAUCAGGUAUAACUAUCGUAUCACGUCUUUGAAUAAGUAUCCAGUUGGAGAAAUCGGGUUAAACCAGACAAAGGUUGGAGUUAAUAAGUGUGUCUCUAUUGGAGAAUGUGAAUUCUAGAUUAGCUUAAUUAACAGAAGCAGUCCAAAUAUUAUCAGACUUUUGUGUUUCUAGAUGCAAUUUAGUAGCCUAGUUUUGAGAUUUAUGAGACUUUACUGUCUGUGGAGUUGUUCUGAUUGUGAUUUUACACUUCUGAGUUCUUAUCUUUCUGCAUCUAAUUCCAUCUAAUAAAAAAGAUAGAAGGCUGCAAAGGGAUUGUCAAAACCUUAUGUCUAUCCAUUUGGGUGCAGUUUCCGAGUUCAUCUUUGACCAAAAAAAUUGGGAUUAUGAACUCUUUGACAUGUAGCAACAUCUUUUACAAGGAUACUCCACCCAAUGAAGUGGUUGGUCCUGGCUAAGAAUGGCGCACCAAAACUGAAUGAACAGUCGUAUCCCCGCUGACCGUACCCAAGCCAAAUAAGGUCUGAACACUAAAACAGAACAUAUUUCAUUUUCUAGUAACUGUAAACAGUGCCAGUGAGCUAAGCCUCCGCGCAUGUUGUAAGUUUUCAUCUUAUUAAAUUCAAGGAAAAUUUUAAUACAUCUCACUAUACCUCACAUCAUUUCUUUUAAUGUCAGUAUGAUGUAUGUAGCAUUUGCGCCUUAAAUCCCGGAAGCAAGAAGCUAAUCUGUAGAAAAGGGAUUGAUUACGAUUAUUUUGAAUCUGUAAGCUUUUGAUGUGUUCUCAGAUCAGAAGCACAUACUGUAUCCGCUUAUUUGCAGGAUCAUUGCAAAUGGAGCUCUAAAAUGUCUCUGAGACAGCAUCUGGAAUUCCAUUUUCAAGUUUCUUUAAGUUUCAUUUAGUCUCAUGUAUUUGCGCUUAGCCACUACACUGUCGGUAUCUUUCAGACACCAUUUUGCCUAUUUCAGGUCCAUCGCAAAUGGUGGGCUAAGAGAGAACCUCUAGAGUGUCAUCUUUUUUAUUAUUGUUUGUCGUUUGAUUUUUCUUUGAAGUAUCUCCUUUUUUGGUCUCCCGUUAGAUUUAUAAUUAGAAAAUGCUCUUCCUGUAAGUGCUUCGAAGUGAGGAAAAGCCUUUACGACCAUCAGCACGAUGCUCGGCGCAGUGACCACAUCUUUAACCUUGCUCAGUUGAAAGACGCUUCAGAGGAAGACAAAACAGAUUCAGGUGAAUAGCAUCCCCUCCCCUAUGUUUGUUAAAGGCAUCAAAGAGUCUCUUUGUGUCAUCCAGUUUCCCAUUUUUUAUCUACUCAACAUAUGCAAUGUCGUAUCUCUCAUACAUUGUUUUGCUUAUUUAAGGUCUAUCACAAAUGGCUAAGAUUCUCGUUCAUGAAGUUCAGCAUUCUGUCAGUUAUGUGUCUUCCCUAUUUUUAUUAUGCUUAGUCGUUUGACUUUUCUCCUGUAGUUUCAAGUUGCAUUCUCCUUCUUUCUCCUGCAGUAGUAAAAUUAAUAUAUUGUUAUGUUCUCAAAUAAGAAACAUGUACAUAAUGUAGUACCUUUCAGAGACCGUUCUUCUGUUGAUGUCAAGUCCAUCGCAAAUGGAGCUCUGAAAAUUUCUGAGAGACAGCCUUUAGAGUGUCGCCUAGUUUCUGCAGCUUAAUCCUUCUGCCAGAUAUGUUGCCUUACUCUUUUAAAUAGGCUUUGUUUAAUGAAAUUACAUUCUCAAUAUUUCUUCUGUUCUCUAUGUGAAUCAAAGUUUUAAUUUACUUCUGAUGCUUUAGGUAUGACAUCACUUUAGAAGGCUAUAUUACUCGGCUGGAGACGUCAGACAUGUGAAGCUUGAGGUAAAGAACACGGAAAUAUCAAGAUUCACUUGUGGCAGAUGUGAUGAAAACUGAGCAAUGACCAUUUUUCUGAUUAGCACCUUUUUAUAACAUGUUAGCAGAGAAUUCUUUGGUUGUUAAGGAAAUAUACUCCAAAGCUGAAUUGACGAUUUUAAGUAUUUAUUGUUUAUACUUGUUUGAACAAUUUAUAGAUUGACCACUCAGAUUAAGCUGGUGACAGAGAGCGAGAACUGUUGGAGAGCACUGGCUUGGAACACCGCACUAAAUAUCUGCAACCCAUUGGUAAAUUUUUAUCUAGUCAAAUAUUUUAUAUACCUUAAAUUAAUGAGUCCUUUUUAUGCAUGUUCUUUUUAUGCAUGUUAGUGCAUGUUAGUGCACCAUUAAGAACUGAGAGAAAACCUCUAGGUAUUUAUGCUCAAUAUUUUCUUUUGUUUAUGCCUUUAAUAAUAGCACGUUUGAAAGUAAUUUUGUUUGAAGCAUAUAACAAAGCAGUUCAAAACGCUGUUUAUACUAAAUCUUUAAAAUAAUUCAGGCUUUUGUGGUGAUUUUAUUGUGCACUGAUAGAAUAAACUACCCACUUAUCUUAACGCCACUAUGUGAAGAAGCUGAAGAUACAUCUUCCGAUUGCUAUAUCAAAAUGCUUGAGAGUUAACCUCCGCAGUACCAUCUUCUAGUUUGUUAAGUUAAAUCCUUCUUUCAGGUCAUCAUCGUUCACCUGUUUCACUGCUUCAUAUCCUCAUGAGAAACCUGGCUUGGAACGCUGCGGCAAGCCUCUGCAAACCACUGCCCAGAGAAGAACCAGGAACUGGAGCAAGAACAGAUUUUUUGGAAGAACAUGAAAGAUUUUGAAAUUUGCAAGCAAUGCAGGUCACUCGCCAGUGGAAUUAUACAAUGCAUGAGAGACAACCUCAUCUUACAGUUCUGUAAGUUUUAAUCCUUCUUAGUGAUUUUCUUUUAUUUAUUCUUACCAAGGAAGAUACGAUCACAAAACGAAGCCUCUAGUAAUAAUUCAUGGAACUUUUGAGUAAUUAAGCCCAGGUAUGUUCCCUUAAUCCUUUUCUUCUGCUUAUUCUUUUGUUUUUGCUUCUAUAGUUUGAUCUUCAGACGUGUUUUCAUCUAGUUCAUCUUUGACGCAUAACUUGUGAGUAUUUCGAACUAGAAUUCAGAGAUUCAUUCUAACUUGCUUUGCUUUUGCACAACUAGUUGGGAUGGCCGAAAAUUGGAAAAAUUACGUGUUGACUCAGUUACAUUGAAGAUAAGUUUAUAAUGAAGGAGAUAACUAUAUAAUUCGAUCAAACCUAGAAAACAACAUACUGUAUAGCGUACACGUUUUGUCUAUUUCAGGUCCAUCGAAAAUGGAGCUCUAAAGUGUCUGGAAGAAAUCUCUGGAAUUUCAUCUUCAGGUUUCUUGAAAUUUCAGUGAGUCCCAUGUAUUUGCGCUAAGCCUCUACAUUAUAGUAUCUCUCAGACACCGUGUUGUCUGUUUCAGGUCCAUCGAAAUGGAUCUCUUAAAUGGCUAAGAAAAAACCUCUAUGUCAUCUUCUUGUUUCUGAAUCAAAUCCCUCUGUCAGGUAUAAGAAUGUUUCUGAACGUUCCUAUUUUUUUUAUUAUUGUUUGUCCUUUAAUUUUGCUGUUAUAGUUUGAAGUUACAUUCUCCAUUUUGUGGAAAAUGCUUUUCCUGCAAGUACAUAGAAGUGGCUGAAUGCUCUUCCUGUAAGUGUCAAGAACUCGACGCUGUUUUGCACUUCCUAUUGAACGUUUUCUGAAGAAGCGGGUUGAAGGAAGCCUGAGAGAAAAACAAAACAGAGUCUCUUUGCCUGUUUAAGGUUCAUCGCAAAUGAUUUUGGUCAGGUAUGUGUCUUCCCUAUUUCUACUAUUCUUAGUCGCGUGAUUUUCUCUUGUAGUUUCAAGUUGUAUUCUCCUCUUUUCUUCUGCAUUAGUAAAAUUUAAACUUUUGUUAUGUUCUAAAAUCAGAAACACGUCUAUAAUUCCGUACCGUUCAGGGACCUUUAAACAUGACUGAGAGACAACCUUUAGAAUGUCGUCUUCUUUAUAUUCUUUUUUGCUCUUAAAGUUUGGAGUCAACAUAACUACAUGCAUCAUGGACUCAUGCAUAUAAGACCACCUAUUCAUUAAUAUCUAUUGCUUACAUGCUUGCGUUUAGGCAUACAAUCCCUAUAAAUGCAUACGCAUCCUUGCAUAUAUAAUAUAUUCUUCUUUAAUUAUAUUCUUUGUCCAUUUCUUCCUUCAUCACUUCGUUGCUUACAUGCGUAACCUGUUUACUUGCUUCCUUGCUUGUUUUUUUUUCAUUCUCUCAACUUGUUUUCUUGCUUCCUUCCUGUGUUUCCUAAUUGCUUGCUUCUCUGAUUUCUCUGUUGAGUUCAGUUUUUUUUUUCUGUUUAGUUCAUUGAUUAUUUGCUACUUGAUUUUGUAAGUGUUCUCACUUACUCGCACGCUAACUAGCUGUUCUUUAAAAUCAUCAUUGACCAAUAUAUUUAAUGCAAGAUCUAUUACAUUAGUUUUAGUUCAUUUAUUUAUUAAUUUUGUGCUUAAUUACUUUCUUUCUUAAUUCUUUACUGGUUCGCUUUCUUGCCUGCUUUGUUAGUUGCUAGCUCCCUUAAUUACUUGCUUUCUUGAUUUGUUGCUUACUUCUUUGCUUCAUUCCUUGAUUCUCUGCGUGCUUAUGUUUCUAUUCUAAUUUUAUUUAUUUCUUGCUUGCUUCCUUGUUUGUCUUAGCUUCAUGCUACUUUCAUCAUUUUCUUACUUACCUUCCUUACCUUCCUUACCUACUUGACCUUUUUAACUUCUUUAUUUCCUUACUUUGAACUAACCCCUCUAGCUUAAUAUAUUUAGAUACUUCUCGGUUACUCGUUGAGAGUAGAACAGGUGGAGACUCUUGAGCGUCUAUCAAGGAAACUAAAGUCCUAGUUCAUCAACAAUGCCUCCACAUGAAUCAUCUCUUUUGUGAAGGCCUAUGAUCAUUCUUUUUCCGUCACUUCUUCAUUCUGAUCUCGUUUGUAUCUAAAUAUUUUAUUUGACUGUUCUAAUUAUUCAGGGUCUGAGAUCAGGCGUUUACUCUCUCUGCUACCAUGAAACAGGUCCAUCUUUUUCAUGCAUGUCUCAUACCAUCUCUGUCACCAGACAAAUAUUUUUCGUCAGAUGUGAUGUGUUAUCUUGUGCAUGUUAUGAAAUGGAAGUCAGAGAUUCAUGCUUACUUCCUUAGAUUUUGCAGAACAAGUUCAGGAUAUGAAUUUGCAGAACAAGUUCAGGAUAUGAAUCUUCAACCAAAAGUAGUUCGGAUGGCAGAAAUGGAAGAAUUACGUGUUGAGGUCAAAGGCGAGAGUCGGUUCACUUUCAGACAAGUUCAGAUAAGUUCGCUGCCUGUGGAGUAGCUCUUUGACGAUGAUUUUGUAUUGUAAGUUUUUGAUGUGUUCUCAAAUCAGAAGUACAUACUUUAUACGCUUAUUUGCAGAAUUAUAGCAAACGGAGCUCUAAAAUGUGUGUGAGACAAUCUCUGGAAUUCCUUUGAGUCCCAUCGCAAAAGCUCUAAAUGGCUACGAGAUAACGAACUACUAGCCUUACAUCUUCUUAUUUCUGAAUCAAAUCCGUAUGUCAGAUUUAUAAUUAGGAAAUGCUCUUCCUGUAAGUGUUUCGAAGUGGCGGAAGGGAUUUACGACCAUCUUUAAGGUUACUCAGUUGAUGGAAGCUUCAGAGGAAAACAAAACAGAUUCAUCGAAGAGUUUCUUUGCGUCAUCCAUUUUUCCAUUUUCUAUCUACUCAACAUAUGCAGUGUCAUAUCUCUCAGACAUUAUUUUGCGUAUUUAAGGUCCAUCACAAAUGGCUAAGAUUUUUGUUCACGAAGUAACAUUCUGUCAGGUAUGUGUCUUCCCUACUUUUAUUAUGCUUAGUCAUUUGAUUUUUCUCUUGUAGUUUCAAGGUGCAUUCUCCUCCUUUCUCAUGCAGUAGUAAAAUUAAGAUUUUGUUAUGUUCUCAAAUCAGAAUCAUGCAUAUAUUGUAGUACUUUUCAGAGACUGUUCUGUUGAUAUCAAGUGCAUCGCAAAUGGAGCUCUAAAACUUCUGAGAGACAUCGUCUACUAGUUUCUACAGCUUAAUCCUUCUGCCAGAUAUGUUGCCUUUCCUCUUUUUAUAAUGCUUUCUCGAAUGAAAUUACAUUCUCAGUAUUUCUUCUGCACAUUACCUUUGAAAACUAAUACAAUUAUCAAAAUUUUAAUUUACUUCUGAUGCUUUAGGUAUGACAUCACUUUAGAAGGCUAUAUUACUCGGCUGGAGACGGUCAGACAUGUGGAGCUUGAGAUUGGCUACUCGGAUUAAGCUGGUGACAGAGAGCGAGAACUUUUGGAGAAAACUGGCUAGGAACCCCGCACUAACUAUCUGCAAACCAUUGGCAAUCAACGCAGGUCACUCGCCAGUGGAAUUAUACAAUGCAUGCGAGACGGCCUCGUCUUAACAUUUUUUGAAGGAAGCCCGAGAGGAAAACAAAACAUAAUCAGGUCCAUCACAAAUGGCUAAGAUUCUUGUUCAUGAAGUUUAACAUUCAGGUAUGGCAUCACUUUAGAAGGCUAUAUUACUCAGCUGGAGAUGUCAGACGUGUGAAGCUUGAGGUAAGAACAUGGCAAAAGAAAGAUCAAGUCGUGGCAGCAGUGAUGAAAUAUGUCAUCUUAUUAGCUCUCAGUAUGUUACUCUGAAAACAGGAGCACGAAAAAGAAACAGGGCCUUCCUUUAUCGAUGGUGGAGACUCUCUAGCGUCUAUCAAGGAAAAUAAGUCCUAGUUCAUCAACAAUGCCUCCACAUGGAUCAUUCUCUUUUGGUCUGAGAUCAGACAUUUACUUGCAAUGCAACCAGUCACUGAACCAGGAACCUUAUGAGUUCUCUGGCACCAUGAAACAGGUUUUGCAGAACAAGUUCAGUAUAAGAAUCUCCAACAAAACUAGUUUGGAUGGCAGAAUAUUUGACGAAGUUGAGUUAAUUACAAAGAAAAUAAUUAUAAAAGAUCCAUCACCAGUGGAGCUCUAAAUGUCUGUGAGAUAACAUCUUUCUUCAAGUUUCUUGAAGUUAAGUCUGUGUCCCAUGUAUCUGUCUUCCAUCUUUUCUUCUGCUUUUGAUUUUAUAGUUAUAAAUUUCGAGCUUUUGGCGUGUUCUCAAGUCUGAUCCACGUAUACAAUAUCGUAUCUCUAAGAUUUCGUUUUGUCUAUUUCAGGUCCAUCGCAAGUGGAGCUCUAAUAUGGCUAAGAUACAACCACGAUACCAUGUCAUCUUCUUGUUUCUAAAUCAAAUCCUUCUGUCGAGUUAACAACAUGGAAAAAUAAAAACCCAGUUGUGGCAGGUUUGCACCUUUUGUCCUUAACAGGUCUUAAUGUCCAAGUUACUAUACCAAUCAAAUAUGUUAUAUCGCCUAACAUUUAAAACCUGUCUCUUAGACUAUGGUGGCUUGGAACUCCUCCUUAAGCCUCUGCAAACCACUAGUCCUUUAAGAACAGCAGUCCAUAGUCUGGAGAAAAAGGCAUAAACGGUUACAGAGAAAGGCACAAACUUAUGGAAAAGAUAUAAUCACGAAUGAAGCUUUCUAGACAUCAUUCAGGGAACUACAGAGUAAUCCUACCAAACUUUCAACGGAUUCCAUAGUCUGAUGUGAUGUAUCUCAGAGAAUGUUAUAUAGGAGGGUUAGAUCCUGCCAUUUACUAGCAACCGAGUCUCUGACACCAUGAAACAAGUUCCUUUUUCAAAACUAAUUUGGAUGCCAGAAAAUUGGAAGAAUUACGUGUGUUCUUUCAAUUACGAAGAAAUAAGUAUAUAAGGUAUCGCUUCAUCACUUAACCAUUCAUGAAGGACGUUGUGUUGUACAUUAUUGUUUCCUCAUAAUUGUUCAUCUAUUCUUUUGAUUAAUCUAACAUAAUGUAUAUGCUUAUUUCUCAUAUCAAACUGCCUGAAACACAUUAUAUGCAUUCAUGCAUACGUUCAUCUAUACAUCGCAUUCAUGCAUAUGUUCUUCUGUAAUUAUUUGUUUCUUUUGAUUGCUUCCUUCACCGAUUCUUGCAUGCUUGACCUGUUUUCUUGCUUAAUUCUUUGCUUCUUUUGUUUACUUUUUUGCUUGUGUUUUUUGAUUAACUUAUUUGCUUUGUUUUUUUGCUUGCUUUCUUGUUUUCUUGAUUGAUUAUUUGCCUAUUGUUUCUUCUGUUUAUCGCACUGUUUGCUUCUCUGAUUUCUCACUUUCACUUCAUUGUUUAAUUCUCUCUUUCUUUGAUUCCUCUGUUUCGUUCAUUGAUCAUUUUUCUCUUAUUUCACGACUUGCUUUUUCCUACUUGAUAUUGUAAGUGUGUUCACUUACUCGCACCCUAAUAGCUGCCUAGCAAUUGUUUUUCAAAGUUAUUAUCGUUCAGCAUUACGUAACUUUAAGUCACUCUUAUUUAUUUUUAGUAAUUUACUGCAAUUAGCAUUAUUAUUAUUUGUUGUAAAAAAAGCUUUUUUUUUAAAAAGCAACUGCAGUUAGCAUUAUUUAUCAGCUAAUUCUACUUUAAAUUAUUAGGCAGCUGAGAGGUCAGACAUAUUUUUUUGGGUAAAAGAGUUAGAAGAUUCUUGUGAGAUAAAAUUUUAACAUGUAUGCAUCUUCCGAUUCGAUUACAUGACAAUGUGUAUGAAAAUUGUUUAUAUAUAAUAAAAAUUAGUUUAGUUAAUACUACGCAGAAAAUAGAAAAGCAAAAAGUGUUUUUUUUGGGAUACAGAAAAGGAGGAAGUAUAAUUUGUUAUUGUUUGAGAUAAAAUAGUUUGGUCCUAAAAUAGAAUAGUUUAUAUUAUUUUGUACUAGGGCUCGGUCCGUGCUUCGAUCUUCAUUUCGUAAGCCUUAUUGUAGCGUUUACGGAUGUACUUGACUUGUUCAUUGAGUCUCGCCACUGUAUUGUGGAGUUCACUGAUCCGCUGCUCCGGAUCUUCGCGUCAUAGCUCCGAUUGUCCUUGCUUUGCCAUCUUCGAUCGAUGAUCGACUUAUAGCUCACCGCACCAAAUGAUAGGAAUCAAAUUGUAUUUGUAUAUGAAAUUUGAAUACGAGUACCGUAUACCUUCUUUUUACAAACAAAUCUCGUAGUAGAGCCUAAGACUAGAGUUACACUCUAAUCUUUUUCUAUCCAUUCGAUAAAAAACCCACCUUCAACAGUACUUGAUUCUAUUAGAAGAUCCAAUUGAAAGCCCAUUUUAUAUCUUGUGAGAAGUCCAUUAGCCCAUGUAACUAGGGUUUGCCAGGUGCCCAUCUGUUAUAGUAGUUCCAGUGACCCACCUCCACGCACCAAGAUUCUUCACCGAUAAUACCGUAUCUCCUAUAAUUGAUCAACCAGGCUGCGAUCUUAUCAAUCCCAUUGUAAAGGGAAGACAAAACCCUCCUGUACGGAGAUUUUAUCUUGAUGAUGCCUGAAACCUCGAUCCAAACCACAUAUUGUGAAACCUUCCAAGAUCCUCUAAUUUCCUUCUUUCCUUUUUGCAAAAGGAUCCAUCGAGAAUCCUGAUGAGAUAUACUUGCCAAUACUCCCCUUCAUGUCUGUAACCUUCCGAUCCGACCAUCUUGAUGAUGAUCUAACCCAUCUUGCUCCUCCCGUUGAAUUCCGGUAUCCCAUCGUCGAAAAAUCAUGAAAACCCUAAGCCGUCGCCUGUGUCGCCAUCACUAUCGCCUUAUACUUAUAAAGCUUUAUUGAUGCAAAAGAUGAAUAGCUCAAAGGAGCUUUAUUAUGCAAAUGAAAGUAAAGAAACGGGAAGAGAUUGAGUUUGUCACCAAGAACAAAGAUAUUUAUGAAAUGAUAUUGAUAUUCCAAAAGUUGAGGUUUUCAUUACAUAGUAUGACUAUUUAUAUGGGAACUCAUGUGGCAAAUCCUACUAGUUACAUGAGCUAAUAGAUUUUUCACAAGAUAUAAAAUGGGCUUUCAAUUGGAUCUUCUAAUAGAUUCAUCUUAUUUAUACUAGCAAGCUGGCCCAACGGCCUAAUUGCCUAACAGAAUCGUAUAACGGCCUAAACAACUGGCCCCACAUUCAAAAUAACUUUCCCGCGUCUCUAUUCAGCUCCCUCCGCAUCAUCAUCUAUCUCUUCCUCAAACACUGCACUUCCAGACACUGAAGCUCGUUUUCCUUAUUUAUUCUUUAGUCUCUGCCUCACACAAUACUUCCAAGGCCUAUCAGAACCACAGCGUUUAUUAACCUCAUAUUAGAACAGAGAGUAUCAGCUUGCAUCAUAUUCUCCUUGAUCUUCCAACGAUGCCACACAAAUGAAGCAUUUUGAUCAGUCUCAUGUGAAAUACAACAGCUUGUCUUUCGGAUCCUCAAAUAAUUAUUGAAUGGAGUGUGAUCCACAAAAUGAGCAGAUAUGUCCCUGACCUCAAUGAGAUCUUGGUAGAAUGCCCAUGUGGUUUUAUUUCGAGGAUGCUCUUUCCAUUGAACAGGAUAAUGGGUUGAUAGAUAAAUCUCUAUCUAGAAUCCACAAAGGAUCGAAGACGAGGUGAACACAGGCCUAGAAGGGAAGAUAUAUCAUCUCGAAGAUGUUGGAUUCGUGCGAUGAUGGUGAUGAUAGAUCAUGAAGGUGGUGAUAGAGAGAAGAGACUUGAGGAAGAAGAUAAAGAUGAUUUUUUAUUAAUAUCUCACAAUAGCCAAAAGGCGUACGUAAAUGGUUUGUGAGCUGGUUUAUUUCUAGUAAACCGAAAUACACACAUAAAAUCUAUAAACCGGAAUUAACCAUAAUUCCUGUCACAAGGCUCACAAAGCUUUCAGAUAUGAUGAAGAGAUAAGAAAAAGAGGCUUUCUGUGUGUGGCUCAUAAAUCAUAACAACAUAGAGAACUUUCAUCGGUUUUUUUUUGUCAGCAACAUAAACGGAAUAGUGUAGACUCUGCGAACCAAAAUGGUAGCUCCGAUAUAUGGACAACAAAAGACUAUUGCUUCCUGUCCGCUCUUGAAUUCUUCGUCUGUGGUAUAUGAAUGAGCUCUGAGCUGUUGAAACUUCUCUUCAAAACUUUUAUGUCUUUUAAGUAACUUGCAAAUGCUGACCAUUUUUCUGGUUCUGAAACUAUUUUCACCAACUGAAAACAAUUCAUUGCAAAUGUAACAGUGAACUGUGUUAGAUUCCUCAUACACUUUCAUCGGUUAGAAUCCAUCAAAGUUUCUAAAAUAAAAUAAAAUUAUUAGUAAUAUAAUCAUUCAUUUAUAUUUCAUUUUUUAAAACCAUAUAAAGCAUUUAUUUUGCCUAAUAGAAUGACAUUUGUCAAGUAUAAUAGAAAAAGAAAAAAGCGGCGAUGGAAAAGGCGAUUGAUCGAAGACGAUGAAGGAGUGGUGGGAUCUUAACAUUUCAAGGCUCGGUGGGAUCAGGAUCAAUGGGGUAUCUACUGGUCAGGAUUUCUGUGCAUUUACGCCUCAGAUCGGUGAUUUCUCAACGGAUUUUUUGGUGACUGAUGGAUUUUCGGGGGAAGGAUUUGAUGAGGUUAUUUGGAUUUGGAGUUCUUCUGGGUACAAUUUUAUUACGGCGAGAUCUGUGAAUAACUUCUUUCAGAAAACAUAUUAUUUGCUUAAACAACAAAUAUGGUAUGUUUCUCUAUCUCUAUUGGACUUUAUUGGGGUCAAUCAAUGGAGGUUUUCUCCUGAUCUGGGAUAUGUAUCAGAAUCUCUACGAUUUGCUGCUCUGAAUAUGAAUUGCUUUUUUAGUACAAGAUUUGGAAUGUGGUAUAUGGAGAUAAUCUCUAAGAUAUUAUCUAGGAUCAUUGAUAAUCCGUUGAUUGUAUCAAUUUAUGGUGAUGGUAUCUGUCAGGAUCUGUUGAUUGGAGAUUCUUUGGUUAAUAGAAAUCUCUGGAUUUUCUUGGGUGUAAAGUCUUGGAGAUAUGGAUGUUUAGAAUUUAUAGGCAAUAUGGGAGAGUCUUUUUCUACAUCACAACAUAUUUCUCUUCUAAGAUUUACUGGUUCUGUAAUAUCUUGUAUUGUCUUCUGCUCUCUUUUUUGGUGUUUCAAAAUGACGCAAGGUCAAUGGAUGGCUAAGUCUGGUGGAAAGAAGGAGGUGGCUAAGGCGGUUUUGAAGAUUACGGUCCCUCGGUUUGAUAAUUCGGAGCUCAUAGCGAGUUAUGGCAAGACACUCAUUGGAAGGUGUAUGAACCCAUCGAAGCAAGAUAUGAAGAUCCUGUUGUUUAUGCUUCCGAGGAUCUGGCAAGUCGAGGGGCGUGUAUUUGGAGUGGAUCUUGGUCUGGGAAGAUUCCAGUUUGACUUUGAGACGGAGGAAGACAUUUCCGAAGUCAUGAAGAUGGAACCCGUCCACUUUGAUUACUGGAUGGUGUCAAUUGUGCGGUGGAAACCAACCCUUCCACUUUGAUUACUGGAUGGUGUCAAUUGUGAGGUGGAAACCAGUGCUUGAGGUCAAUUACCCAUCAAAAAUCACUUUUUUGGGUCUCGUUCUUGACAUUCCACUUCAGUUCUGGGUUCCAGAAAUAUUCCAAAGCGUUGGUGAAGCCAUUGGCCGGGUUAUAGGGAGGUUGAUCUAUAUGGAGGGCGCGUUAGGGUGGAGCUUGAUGGUUUCAAACCGCUUGUCUUCUCCAUGGCUGUUGAGAUAGAGGAAGGCGUGGAGAUUAUGGUGUCUCUCAGGUACGAGAAGCUGUUUGGAUUCUGCAGAGAGUGGAGCAUCUGAAGCCCGUAAGGCUCUUCUGUUUGAUGAGGGGACUAGCGCAGACACCAUUGCAGGUAUCACUGCAGAAGCUGUGGAGGGCUCUGGCGAGAAAGUAUUAGGGGGGGAAGCGGUGCAAUUUCAGAGGGUACCGAAAUGGAUAGUAGUAGAAGAUAAGGUGCUAGAGGAUCUUGUGCCUUCUCAGGCUCUAGAUGAUGCGGAUUUGAUGGUGGAGGGGGUGAUACUCUCAGACUCAGAGCUUAUGGUGGAGGGAGAGAUACUCUCAGAUUCGGAGCUCAAGGUAGAGGAUGGCAUUGACGAUGAGCAGGAAGGGGAGCAAGGAGAGAUUACUGAUAUCAUGGAGGAGGAAGUCUUGGGAGGGGAAGAUGGAGGCGAGGAAGGGGGUGAUGAACAAACUGAAGUUAAUGACAUCCCUAAUGAAGGUAGUGUCGAAAAGGCCGCAAAGAAGAAGUCAGCAAAGACGGAAGAGGUGUGGCAGGGGGAGCAACAAAGAAGCGGUUUUGUCCAGGGGUUCAUUUCUCUACGUAAGAAGCUUAUGGCCAAGGACUUAGCCAAAAAUGGGGAUAAGGGAACUGCACCUGCAAAGAAGGCUUCCCCGUUAAGCCUACGAACACAUCGGAGUAAUUUGUCUCGGUUGCUGGUGUUUUUAUUUUUAUUUUACUAUAAUAAUGUGGGGUUCAGUUAUGAAAUCCAGUAGAAUCAGUCUGGUCCUAGAAGGUUGUGUGUCUCAGUGUUUGAUCUUUACCGAGUUGGGGUAGCGGUGCGCUUUGCUUGCGCUUAUGAUUUUCUGGUCUUAUUUGGUCUCAAUACUUCUAAUAAGAUGGUGUUGUUUUGGUU